AUGGGUGGCAAGAAAGUCUGCGUCGUGGGUUCUGGCAACUGGGGCUCGGUCAUAGCCAAGAUCGCUGGCACCAAUGCGGCGCGGCUGAGCACCUUCGAGAACCAGGUGAACAUGUGGGUGCUGGAGGAGGAGGUGGGGGGCCGGCGGCUCACUGACAUCAUCAACACGGAGCACGAAAAUGUGAAGUACUUGCCAGGGUACAAGCUGCCCCCCAACGUGGUAGCAGAGCCAGACCUGCUGAAAGCCUGUGCUGGGGCUGACAUCCUCCUGUUCGUGGUUCCCCAUCAGUUUAUCGGCAAAGUCUGCGACCAGCUCAAGGGCCAUGUGAAGAAAGAUGCUGUCGGGGUGUCGCUCAUCAAGGGGGUGGAUGAAGGACCAGAUGGGCUGAGGCUGAUCUCAGACAUUAUCCAUGAGAAACUGGGAAUAGAGAUAAGCGUCCUCAUGGGGGCCAACAUUGCUAGUGAAGUGGCAGAAGAGAAGUUCUGUGAAACAACCAUCGGCUGCAAGAACAUGCAGCAUGGGCAGACGCUGAAGGAUCUGAUGCAGACACCAAACUUCCGGGUGACGGUGGUACAGGAGGCUGACACUGUAGAGAUCUGUGGGGCUCUCAAGAACGUUGUGGCUGUAGGAGCUGGUUUCUGUGAUGGGCUUGGCUAUGGAGACAACACGAAGGCUGCCGUGAUUCGUCUGGGACUGAUGGAGAUGAUUGGCUUUGCCAAACUCUUCUGUAAGGGCCCUGUCACCUCCUCCACUUUCUUGGAGAGCUGUGGGAUCGCUGACCUCAUCACUACCUGCUAUGGUGGCCGCAACCGCAAGGUGGCUGAGGCUUUUGCCAAGACUGGGAAGUCUAUCGAGCAGCUGGAGAAGGAGCUGUUGAAUGGGCAGAAGCUGCAAGGUCCCCCGACAUCUGCUGAGCUGCAUCGCAUCCUUAAAAGCAAGAACGCAGUGGAGAAGUUCCCCCUCUUCACAGCUGUGUAUCAGAUCUGCUACAAGGGCAAACCUGUUACUGAUAUCAUCAAGUGUCUCCAGAACCACCCUGAGCACAUGUAA